AUGGCGGAGCCGGUGUCCUCUUUGGCUCCAACACCCCCACCAUAUAAAGACAAGGUGCCACAGGUCCCAGAGAUCGCCCCCUCGGUGGGAUUCUGUCCAUUGAUUAUUGAGACUCGGAUAGCCCGUCCUGAAGCAAACAAUCGCCCGGCCACUACUAUGCAGGUCUAUACGCAUGUGCCUUUUAACCCGGUGGACCUAGCAGCCUUUAAGGCACAGGCAGGGGAAUUUUCAACGAACCCAAGCAAGUUUAUCUCGGUCUUUGAGGGGUACCUGGCUAGCCAUAAACCUGACUGGGAUGAUUGUAAUGUCCUUAUGCGGACCCUGUUGUCUGAGGUGGAGCGGAAUCAGCUUAUAUCUAAGGCGAGGGAGGAGACACAGCGGAGACAUGACCUGGAUAUCCAGAAUGUCCCCAUUCCUGCCAAUAUGGUCCCCAUAGCGGAUCCAAGGUGGGAUCCUAAUGAGCCUCAGGAUCAGACCCGCCUCAAUACGUAUAAAGAAUUGCUUUUACAUGGUCUCCAACACUCAGCUGUCCGACAUAGCAAUUGGGCAAAGCCGUAUGAGCUAGUACAGGAGCCAAAAGAAAGUCCGGUUGCUUUUCUGCAGCGUAUUCGGGAUACCAUCAGGCAAACUACUAAUGCCAAUCCCGAUGAUCUGGCCACCGAGGCAAUUAUAAAGGGUGCCACCCUGCAUUUCACCCAAGAUGAAAUAACCCUCACCUUACCCCCCGAGAAUGCGUGGAUAAUGACCCUUGCAAUUGAGCCCUCAGCCAUGCAAGCCCCAGAAUGGAGCCAGUGGGAGAAGCAGGUAUAUCCACUGGUAUGGGCGUCCAGGGUCCCAGGAAAAGCAGCCCAUCAAACCCCCGUUAAUGUUCAGCUCUUGCCAGGAAAAGGUCCGGUGCGAAUUAAGCAGUAUCCGAUCAAAAGAGAAGCCAGAGAGGGACUGCAGGAGACUAUAGACCAGUUCCUAAAGUACGGGGUACUUCGAGAAUGCCAGUCAGCUUUGAACACUCCCGUCUUGCCUGUACAAAAGCCCAAUGGCACAUAUCGGCUGGUCCAGGACCUGAGGGCGGUUAAUGAGCGGCUUAAGACUCUGCAUCCCCUUGUUCCAAACCCGUAUACACUGUUGGCCUCUAUAGGGGGGCAGUACAAUUUUUCGAUCCUAGCUUUAAAGGAUGCUUUCUUCAUGAUUCCGGUCGACACCCAAUCUCAGGAGAUUUUCUCCUUCGAGUGGGAGGACAAGAGAAGGGUUAAAAAGCAGCUUUGCUGGACAGUGUUGGCCCAGGGAUUUAAAAAUCCCCCCACCCUUUUCGGCCAGGCCCUGGCCAGAGACUUGGAGGAGUGGGACAAUGAGGACAAGGUCCUCCUCCUGCAAUAUGUAGAUGACUUGUUAAUUGCCGCUGUGGGUCUAACCCCUUGCCUUAAAGCCACUGUGAGCCUCCUGAACUUUGUUGGACUCCGAGGAUAUCGGGUAGCACAGAGUAAAGCUCAGAUUGCCCUCCCAGAAGUACAGUACUUAGGGUUUCACAUAGGGCAGGGGGAGCGUCAGCUUUCAAAUGAAAGGAAGGAAGCUAUCUGUCAAAUUCCUAUCCCAAGCAAUCGUAAAUGGCUCAGGGCGUUUCUGGGCAUGGCAGGCUUCUGCAGAAUAUGGAUCCCAGAGUUUGGACUGUGGGCUAAACCCUUGUACGAAUGCAUUAAGGGAGCGGAUCAUGACCCCUUUCACUGGUCCUCAGAAGCCGACAAGGCAUUUAAGGUUUUAAAAAGGAAACUGAUGGAAGUCCCAGCCCUGGGUCUGCCAGACCUCACUAAGCCGUUCCAACUGUAUGUGCAUGAAAGGAAAGGGGUGGCCCUGGGAGUGCUUACUCAGUUAUUAGGCACCUGGAAACGUCCCGUGGCAUAUUUCUCUAAACAACUGGAUCAAGUUGCUAAGGGAUGGCCGGCAUGUUUACGGGCGGUCGCAGCAACUGCCCUAGUGCUUGGGGAAGCCGAGAAACUGACACUGGGGGGAAUUGUGCAAGUGUAUACUCCCCACAUGGUCCAAGCCCUGCUGGAUACUAAGGGUGGUCUCUGGCUUACACAGGCUCGGGUAGCUCAGUAUCAGGCUAAACUUUUAGAAAAUCCUGAAGUUACCCUACAGACCUGCCCCUCCCUUAACCCAGCCACCAUGCUGCCAGAAACAGAGGAGCAGGAACACGACUGUUUGGAGGUCAUAGAUGCCCAAUACUCCAGCCGCCCGGACUUAAAAGAUCAACCGCUCCCUAAUGCAGAAGAGUGGUACACCGACGGCAGUAGUACUGUUACAAACGGACAAAGGAGGGCGGGCAAUGCUGUUGUAACUCUCCACGAAACCGUGGAAGCAGAGGGUUUACCUGCUGGGACAUCAGCACCACUGGCUGAAUUGAUAGCCUUAACCCGUGCACUUGAACGGUCAAAAGGAAAAAGAGUUAACAUUUUUACUGAUUCCAGAUAUGCUUUUGGAGUGCUACACGCUCAUGCAGGUCUGUGGAAGCAGAGAGGAAUGCUAACAGCCCAAGGCUCUCUGGUCAAGCAUGGGCUUCAAAUUCUCCAGCUUUUAGAAGCGGUACAGCUCCCCUCAGCGGUAGCAGUGGUACACUGCAAAGCUCAUCAAAGGGAAGAUCAAGAUGUGGCUAGGGGUAAUGCCAGGGCGGACAGGGAGGCCAAGCGAGCUGCUACCCUGGAACCACGGGAAGCUGAGGAUGCCCAUAUGCAUGCCCUCAUCCCAUCAGUGGGGGAGCUCCCGGCCCCUCAGUACUCUCACGAAGAGAGGAACCUGGCCGACACACUUGGGCUCCAGGAAAAGGAGGGAUGGCUCCACUCCACGGAAGGAAAAAUCCUCCUACCAAAGAAUCUAAUACGGCUAGUGCUACAGAAACUACAUCAGACCACCCACGCCGGCAGAGAGGCUCUUACCCAGCUUAUGAAUAAAUAUUUUCUAACCUCUGGACUUAGACCCCUGGCCUCCCAGGAUGAUGUCCAUGACAAGGGUGAUAUCGUGGUGGGCGUGUGCCCACCGGAUCAGAAGGAUGAGGUGGAUGAGGAUUUCUUUGGACAACUAACUGAAGUUUCCAGAUCACAGGCCCUGGUUCUAAUGGCGGACUUCAAUCAUGCUGACAUCUGCUGGGAGAGCAAUACAGCAGUGCACAGACAAUCUAGGAAGUCUUCGGAGCGUGUUGGGGACAACUUCCUGGAAACAUAA